UUUCGUUCUGUGAAGCAGCCGAGCGCUCGGCGUAAACUCGACUAGACACCUCUCUAUGAAUUAAGACUUCUAACGUUAAGUCUGAAGCUGCUGGAGAACAGUGUAUUUGGAGCUCGACGAGUGCGUUGGGAUCUGGGUGGUGAAAAUCUUCCUCUCUCUCAGAACCCAUGAGCUGUCUCCAUCAUGGAGGCAAUCUGCAAGUUCGACUUCACCGCCACAGCCGAUGAUGAGCUGAGCUUCAGGAAAGGAGACCUAAUUAAGAUAUUGGGUACUAAGGACGACUGGUACAGAGCUGAAAAACAUGGUCAGCAGGGCUUCGUUCCAAGAAAUUACAUUACCCUCGACUGCCCCAGCUGGUAUCAGGAAGAUAUGAGUCGCCGGACGUCUGAGAGCACUCUCAUGCCGCAGGCCAUAGGAGCGUUUAUCAUCCGUGGAAGCCAGAGUUCUCCGGGAAACUUCUCUAUCUCUGUCAGGCAUGAAUCUGAUGUGCAGCAUUUUAAAGUGCUCCAGGACAACACAGGGCACUAUUUUUUAUGGGCUGAGAAAUUUAAGUCACUGAAUGAACUCGUGGAAUACUACACGGUCAAUUCGAUCUCCAAGCAGAGCUCUGUACGGCUCUUCUCUGAGCAGCGGAACGCUGCUCCAGAUCCCAGGCCGGUUCCUCAGGAGAGAAGACGGAUAGAUGAGGUACAGAGCAGACCAUUGCCUCGUCCUGCAGAGGCUUUUUCACCUCCACGGGGCAUUGCUCCAGAUCCCAGGUCGGUUCCUCAGCCUCAGGAGAGAAGAGCUUUCCCUCAUCCUGCAGAGCUUCCUCCACCUUCACAGGCACCCCUUGUGAAAGUAAAGGCUCUGUAUGACUUCAUAGCCGAGGAGCAGGAUGAGCUGAAUUUCAGCGCCGGCGACAUUAUAGACGUUCUGGACCAAUCAGAAUCCUUCUGGUGGGUUGGACAGCUACGAGGGAGGAAAGGACUCUUCCCUACCAACUACAUCACUCUUUUAUGAGUGCACACAGCCGUAAACAUACGUGUCCAUUUUUCAUCUUUGUAUUUAUUUAUCGCUGGUAAUGUGUUCGCUUUUACCCAGGAGAAAUGUCGUGUGGGGAUUUUGUGUCGCCUUGAAAUAAACACUUUAAAUAUUAAAGACCUUCCUAUAAAUGCAGUGUUUUAAAGAAUAGCCCAGCUGACACAUACACACCCUGUGAUGACUGUACUGCAACUGUCAUUAGUUCCUGUUGUCACCUCCCGCCUUUGUCAAAUUCAUUUUGAGUGACUUUCUCUGUGAUGUAACCGAAGAGGUAAAAUGCUGUUGAAUAAAAUACAAUCGUAUUAGUA